AUGAUGUUACCUCAUCGUGAUAAAUGGGACGUGCAUCAUGCCAAAAUUGAUGAAAUGGUGUACAUUGGUCGCGAUGUUUUUGUCGUUGUCGCAUCUACGCUGGCUCUUUACAACGCCAUCGAACUAUUGAUCCUUAUCUCUCUCAAGUUCAAGCGUCGCGCAGGUCUUUACUUCUGGAGCAUUCUCUUCGCAUCUUUUGGGAUCCUUCCGUAUUGUCUCGGUUGGAUGAUUGUCUAUUUCGAUUUAACACUCGACUAUAUUGGAAUGAUUAUCGAAACCAUCGGCUGGGUACUUGUUAUCUCUGGCCAAUCGGUCGUUUUGUAUUCCAGACUGCACCUAAUCAUUACCGAUAUAAAGCUUCUGCGAGGAGUACUGAUAAUGAUCGUUUUCAAUGGCCUUGUCUGGCAUACAACAAUGACUGUGUUACUCUUUGGUUCAGAAUACAGCCCUCGAGACAACAGACGAGGCUUCAACAACAUCUUUAACAUCAUGGAAAAGAUUUCGAUGAGCUGCUUCUACCUGCAGGAGCUUAUCAUCUCCGGCCUGUACCUCUGGAAAUCGGUGGACAUCCUCAAGACAGCCUUCGGCAACACACGAAGCAUGCUCUACAAACUAUUUGCGAUCAACUUCGUCAUCGUGAUGAUGGACAUUACUCUCAUGGUUAUCGAGUUCCACGACUGGUAUGUUUGGGAGCAGGGUAUUAAGCUGGUCACCUACUCAGUCAAGCUCAAGCUGGAGUUUGCUGUGCUAAGCGAACUGAUUGAGUUUGUCCGAAAUCGUAGCGGAACAACAUCACGUCCAGCCAAGAACUCGCAAUACCAGAGCACCCUUGUGCCGCUAUCGUCCAUGAAUAAGGGAACUACCAAAGGACCUAACAAAGGGACUGCUAGAGGAACUACGAAUACAGUUGAUCAAAUAUUCACCGGCGACACUCAUACCAACACAACCAUCGCUGCGACAAAUACCAGGUUAAAUGUUGGGCCGGGCAAUGUGACAGACGAUAGAAUACAUGUUGUCAGUGAGGUCGAUGUGGACAGGGAAAGUCUCCCUAUAUAUCCAGGGGAUAACCGAAGCACAGAUGAGUUAUGGGGUUCAAUACCUGGGGAACCGCCGGGGGAGAUGGUCGGCAGGGCAUUUUGA